GCGCCAAGUCUCCUCCCAAUCGGCUCCUCAAGUCAGCGGCGUUCUCCACGCGUGUAUCCACCUCUCCGGCGGCGCCGGCUCCUUUUAAAGCAGCGCUUCCCUCCUCAGUUGCUCGCCGCGCUUUUGCCAGGCAGCGCUUCCAACUCCCGGCUCUCCCCGCGCGCCAGGACCCUCCUUCCCCACAUCGGCCGCGCUGUCCCAGUCAGUUGCGCGUGUUUCGCUCGCUGCACUUUCCGCGCCUUCUUGUGUGGAAGCAAUGAAAGCCUUUCUGUGGCCUUUGGCGCCGAGCGGCUGGUGGCCGUGCCUCUUCUUGCUCCUGCUCCCGGGCAGCUUGGCUCAAGUCUUCGGGCGACGUUACGAAGAGCGGGCUUGCCCCGACCGCUGCGACCACUCGCGGUGCCCUGAGGUGCCCGCCGAGUGUGCGGGAAGCGGGCAGACGCUCGACUCCUGCGGCUGCUGCCUUGUGUGUGCCGCACAAGAGGGCGAGUCUUGCGGAGGGUCGCCGUACGGGGAGCCGUCGUGUGCCGAAGGGCUGUUCUGUGUGCUGUCGCCCGGAGGACCCGGAGUGGCGGCUUCGGCCACGGUGCGCCGGCGAGCCAAAGCCGGCCAUUGCGUGUGUGCCAGUACCGAGCCGGUGUGUGGCACCGAUGGAAAGAGCUACGACAACCUGUGCCAGCUGCGGACCGCUAGCCGGCUUUCCGAAAGCCAGCAUCAGCUGCCCGUCAUCGCUAUCCAGCGGGGCGCCUGCGGUCAGGGUCAGGAAGAUCCCAACAGCUUGCGGUAUAAAUACAAUUUUAUCGCAGAUGUGGUGGAGAAGAUAGCACCAGCUGUGGUUCAUAUAGAAUUGUUUCGCAGAUUGCCUUUUACAAAGAGGGAAGUUCCUGCUGCCAGUGGCUCAGGAUUCAUUGUUUCUGAAGAUGGGCUGAUUGUUACAAAUGCUCAUGUGGUUACUAAUAAGAACAGAGUGAAAGUGGAGUUGAAGAAUGGUGUGACCUAUGACGCUAAAAUUAAAGAUAUCGAUGAGAAAGCAGAUAUUGCACUAAUAAAAAUUGAUACUCAGAGGAAGCUUCCAGUCCUCCUUCUUGGACGUUCAGCAGAGUUACGGCCUGGUGAAUUUGUGGUUGCAAUUGGAAGCCCAUUUUCUCUCCAAAAUACAGUGACUACAGGGAUUGUUAGCACUACCCAGCGAGGGGGGAAAGAGCUGGGACUUAGAAACUCGGAUAUGGACUACAUCCAAACAGAUGCCAUUAUCAAUUAUGGGAAUUCUGGAGGACCUUUGGUGAACCUGGAUGGGGAAGUGAUUGGUAUUAAUACUCUGAAGGUCACUGCUGGAAUCUCCUUUGCAAUACCAUCAGACAAAAUUAAAAAAUUCCUUACUGAAUCACAUGACCGGCAAUCCAAAGGAAAAGCUGUAACUAAGAAAAAAUACAUUGGCAUUCGAAUGAUGUCUCUUACUCAGGGUAAAGCUAAAGAACUUAGGGAACGCUAUGAAGAUUUCCCUGAUGUUAAUUCUGGAGCCUAUAUCGUUGAAGUAAUUCCAGACACACCAGCUGAGAUAGGAGGCCUGAAAGAAAAUGAUGUGAUUAUAAGCAUUAAUGGACAACCAAUAAUCUCUGCUAAUGAUGUCAGUGACAUUAUCAAAAAGGACAGUACACUCAGUAUGGUAGUACGCAGGGGGAAUGAGGACAUUAUUCUAGCAGUUAUUCCUGAUGAAAUUGACCAUUAAAUAGAGACAUGAGCUGGAUUUCAUGCUACAAGCAGGCACUGGACUGUUUAUAUUAUCUCUGUGCUGGUACAGAAAACAGUAGAUUUUGACCAACUAUCCAACUAUGUUUAGUGAUAUUGUAUUGCUGAAUAAAGUAAUUUUCCAAUAGAUAAAAUGUUGAAGAUGAUACUUCAGCUAUUCUUACAGUGUGCUUUGUAUCUUUUGUGGAGUCCUUGGUGCUCUCUGAGCUACAAUUCAAAAGAGACAAUAAAAAAGCUAGAAGAGACUAGAACACUAAAAAAGCUAGAAGAGACAAUAAAAAAGCUAGAAGAGACUAGCAGCUACACCCAGAUAAGCAGGGAUUAACAUCAGAAAACUAAUUAAGCAGAAAAUAAUAUCCUAACCAAGGAAUUACCAAGGAGAAAACUUCACCUCCGCUCACACAAGCUGUUGUAUAAUAAACAAAGAGCAAAGUCCAGAAUCAGUGGCACUGAUGAUGUUAUCUAGUCAUGUAAGAAACAUCUGCAAACAAGCAUCCAAGCUAGAGAUCACCAAGGACUACACAGUUCAACCUGAGUUCCAUAUGUUAUUUUUUUAUAUAUUUUUACUGGCUAUUCCAACUGUUACUACCACCUUAGUGUCCAUACGUUCUAAUCUACAAGUUAAACCACCUGUAAAACAUUACAUUGCAGUAUUCCAUUUUGAUUUUUCAUGAAGAUACAACUGUUAACAAUAUGAAAAUAUUUGAAAUAAAUGACUUGUAUGCAUGCAAGUCCGAAACCUAUGCUGAUUUUCUUUUUAAAAAAAAAACUACUGCAAUUUCAUUAACGCAUUUUCACUUAUAUAAUAUGUUAUUCCUGAUAAAAUUUAUUCCAUUUUUUUUUCAGACAAAAGGUAUUUUGAAACUGGAAUACAGACCAUUGAUUUUACUAUAUACUGUGUAAUGCACAUGCUUAUUCUAUUAAGCCAAUGCUUUUAUUCACAAUUUUCACAUAAAGGAGCACAUUACUGGUCCUUGGUAGUUCCAUCCAGGAUGUACUAUUGUGGAUAUAAGAAAUAUAAUAGGCUUAUGGUCUACCCUUUUUUCCCUGUCAUUAUUGUACAGGAUGUUCUCUAAUUGUUGACUUUUACAUAAUAUCAAAGGCCACUGAUUUGCUUCAUCAGCAGUCUAACUUUAAUAGAUCAAUGUGAAGUCAGCUGAUGGUUCAUUCCAGAUCUGUGAGCUAUUCAUGUGCUUCCUCAGUCAAUAAUCUUCCAAAGUCAAUGUACUGAAAUUGGAGAAUUGCACAGCUCACAUUGACAAUUCUUCAUACCACUAAUCUACAAUUUUAUAGAAAGACAAUUAUGUCCCAAGAAUCAUUUGAUUGUGCAAAUAUAUAUGAAAACUUUCUGAGAGAAAACCAGGAAUUACUAGUCUGUAGCUGAAGAUGAUUAACUGUUGGAAAGAAUUCUGCAGGGGAAUAUUUAAUCAGUCAAUACAAAAUGACUAAAUUAGUAAAUUAUUUUGGCUUGCUAAUGAAAACAUUUUUGCAGGAGCUUCCCGAUUUUUUUUUUUCCAACUCUUGAUAGUCCCUGCUUCAAGCAUUCUCUUUAUUAUCAUUUCCAGCUGGGUUCAUGACAUAUAAUCUAUUUAGGUGUAAAAGGCUCUGUGCCUAGGACCUACAAAAUUGUUGGGGCAUACAAAGAUAUUGUUAAUAAAAAACAAAAAUAUGAAAAAUAACAAUAAACUCAAAACCCAUACUGUAUGUUCCAUCAAUAAACAUAAAAAAUUAAUAAAAAUGAAAAAAUGUA